CAUUCGAGAAACCCUAUCGCCAUUUUGCGUGUUAGAUCUAGAACUGAAAACAGUCAGUUACGUAGUUAAAAGUUCAGUGAAAAAAUGGACGUGGAAAGGAUUCACAAACUGCUCUAACUUAGUUCUUACGACACCAUAGGCACUAUAGUAGUACUUGGAACACUGAUUUACAUGCUUGAUGGUACUGAGGACAUGCUAAGAUGUGAACAUGAUCAUGGAAACUGAGAUCCAGUCUGUAAACAAACCUGAGAUCAGCGAUAGCGAGAUACCAGACGAAAUGGCCCCGCAAGAGACAGCGAAGGAUAUGGAUGGGUCAGAAGAUGGUGAAUUUCAAAAAGAAAACCAUGAUCCUGAAAUGCUCUUUGAUUCUAAGAAAUCUGGAAGGUUUGAAGACUCAAAGCAGAAUUUGGAUUCCCGAUUUGACGAUGAAGAAGAUGGGGAAGCAGCCGAUGCAGAAGACGGAGAGAUACUUGAGGAUGGAGAAAUAGCUAGUGACAACGAUGGUGAAAUAAAUGAUCAAGAUGAAGGAGAGGAGGGUGGGGACAUGUCCCCCAGUAAGGAAGCAACAGGAGCUUCACAAGAAGAACGCCCCAGGCGUAGACACGGUAAAAGUGAUAGACAUUCAAAACGGCAGAAGAAAAGUGACAAAGAAUCGCAUAAGGAGGGAAAAAGCAAAAAGAAGCGCCAUCGAGAGCCCAGUUAUGAAAAAAGUGCAGAUGAUUAUGACAGCGGGUGGACUUCAGAUUCCAAACGUGAGAAAGUGGACAGAAAAAGAGAGCGCCCUUCAACAGACGAGAAUCAUCGGCGCGGUUCUGGUGAGUCAAAACAUCGAGACAAUCGGGACAGCGAUCGCGAGAAGGGUCGAGAUCGGGGUCAUGGUCGACAUGAGCGUGAGAAAAGUCGAGGUGAUCGACAUGAAAAGAAGGAUCGAGAUAAACACAGCCGAGAAAAGGAGAGGGAUAAGAAUAGGAAUUACGACGGUUACGACAGUCCACCUGGAUUAUAUGACAGUCCUUCAGAUGAUGACUUUAAUGUAAGUGAGGAAUUUAUGGACAUGCAGAUCCCAAAGAAGAAAAAUAAGCAGCAGCGUAAGCGUGAGUUGUUUAAACGUCAGCGACAUCGUGAGAGGGAUGAAGAUAUUGUUGAAGAACAGCCUGUCAAGAAAAAGCCCUUGCUUCAGACACCGAUGGAGGAGAGACCAAUAUGUAAAUUCUUCAAAGAAGGAAAAUGCCAAAAGGGUCCUGACUGCCCCUUCAACCAUGACUAUCAGCCACAGAAACGCCCUGAGUUGUGCAAGUACUAUGUCCAGUCAAAUUGUCAUCGCGAUGGCUGCGUGUUCAUGCAUGAGGAUUUCCCGUGCAAGUAUUAUCACACAGGAUCCACCUGCUAUCAGGGCGACAAUUGCAAAUUUUCACACGCCCCUUUGACUGAGGAGAUGGACAUUAGCUUUACAAAAUGUAAGUAUUUUCAUGGCAGUGUUUAUUUUCCCUCACCAAGGCAGAGGGAUAUAGAAUUGGUUCUACGAAAGGAGAAGGAAAACUUCUUUGAAGGGGACAAAGACUGGCAGGAACCACGAAAACACAAGAAGAAAGGACUGCUCGGUGACCAGCCCCAGAUGUCAGAAGAGGAGAUCCAUCACAAGCUGGAGAAGAUGAAGAACAUCCCAUCUAUUUUUGAUAUCCAGACCCAUGCCCCUGGGGAGAGUCCCAACAGACCACCAAAAGGCAUGGGGCCACCAAACUCUAUGGGAGGUGGGCCUGGCAUGAUGUCCCCAGGUCAGAUCAGGCCAAACAUGCCCUUCAAUGGCCCGCCCAAUCGGCCCCCUAUGUUUAUGGGUGGAGGAAUGGAUGGUCCCCCAAUGGGUAUGAUGCCACCGAUGUCUGGUCCACCCCCCAUGAUGCCGGGAUCAGGCAUGCAAGGGCAAGCCCCUGGGCUUCAGGGCCCACCCAUGGGGCCACCGAUGAGUCAGGCUGCUGCCAUUGUGGGUGCAAUCCUACGUGCAGCCCCCAUGUUACAGCAGUACCGUGGGGUCAAUGGUCAGGGCCUGAACAUGAACUCUAUGGCGGGGGGUAUGGGGCAGAACAUGAUGGGAGGUAUGAACAUGGACGGACAGAACACGCCCAUGGGAGCAGGUAUGGAUGGGCCCAUGAAUGUAGCCCAGGGGGUUGUGGGAAUGAAUAAUGGACAGGAGGCAAUCCCUGGGAAUACUGUGGAGGAUGAUCAAGAUAUGAGGCAUGGCUUUAAUGGGAAUGCACAAUACAACCAGGAUAGUGUUGAUAUGGAGAAUUCUGAUCAGGACUAUAGAGAUUUGUCUGCUCAAGACAAGGAUGACAGAAAACAGACUUUGAACAAUGACCCACGACUUAAGCGAGCCAUCAAUGACAAUGUGCCCAGCAAUGAUGAAAAAGUGGACAGUAAUCAAGGUAACACAACUCCCCAGCAGGAGUGGGACAACAACGACGACAACCUUGACAUUCCCGCCCACCUGCCGCCAAAGCAGCGCGAGAUGUUUUUGCGAAUAGCGCAGCAUACUCGUAAGAUGAAGCUGGAGAAAUCGCAGGAACUAAAGCCUGCAGGUGGCGUUGAUGAAGCCUCCAGGGGGAGAGAGGAUGCUGAGGGCAAUGGAAUGAAAAUUGAUGAUGACAAGUGGUAUUCAAGCGACGAGGAAGAUGAUCUCAGAAUAGGAACUAAACAAUCAAACAACUCAUCAACAAAACAGGCAGAGGCUGCACCCCAGACAGUUGUCAGUCAGGGCCCCUCGUUCAAUGUGAUGCAGAUGAUUAACAUGAUUAAGAGCAACCCGGCACCACCAGCACAGCCACCACCCCCACCUAACAGGCUGCAAGACCCGCGCAUGUUGCCACGCCCACCCAGAGAACCAGCUGUCAUCAAUUCACAGGAGGGGGAAUGUCCCUGGCGGCUACGUAAAGUGGCAGUCAUAAAGAAUCGAGUACCGAAUAUUGACCUUCAGGACGCUCAGUACAAAACAGACCCUCGAGUGCAGAAGAUUAUCAAAAUGCAAGAACAGGAAAGUGGCAAAGUGAUUGAUCAUACUAAAACUAUUGUUUCGCAGAAAACUGAACCCCUUGUGAACCCGUUGGGGCCCAAAAAGCCCGACUUGUUAGACCCAAGUGUUUUCAAAGCGAAAGAAGCAGUAAUUCCUAAGCCUUCAUUGACUCCUUUUGUUGAUCCUCGAUUGUUACAGCAAGAUUCCAGCGAACCUGCUGCUCCUCGACAGGUAGAUCCUAGAAUGAAGCAAAUGGAUCCCCGCACACUUAAGGUCCAGACUGCCACCUUAACAUCCAGGGCCUCAGAUCCAAGACUUUCAAUGCAGGACUCUAACUCAGCAACUAGCUUAGGGGGGAUUGGUGUUUUACCAGUGACUAGCAAAGCACUUGAUCCAAGGUUAUUGCGGCAGCAUAGCCAGGAUCCCCAGACAAGUUUGGGGGGUUCAACACCUCCUCUGGACUCGCGGUUGAUGAGUAGACAGACUUCAAGUGACCCUAGACUUGGCAAGGGAAAUGCUUUUGAUGUUAAUGUCAGUUUGAACUUACCUCAGCCGAGUGAUCCAAGAUUUUCAAAGGCUGUGGACGAUGAAAUUAGUCAAAUGUCAUUGUCAAGUCAGCAAAGUCAAUCAACAAUAACCUCUGAUAGAAACAGUGCCAGUGAAACACAGGCUGAAAAACGUAAACUUGAUUAUAGAAACGAUCCACGUUUCAAACGGAAACACAUUUCUGAAUCAAACUUAUCACCAGAUACUGUCAGUAAGCGUUUAGGUGAUCCAAGGAAAGUGAGCACUGAAUACAGUUCACCGUUGGGAGGUGAAAACUCGUCAAAAUCAGAGGAUUCUGGGUAUAACAGUUACAACAGACCGCGACCUGUGAAACCAACUCUAGCAACAUCAGUGACCUCGAAUCUUGUCUCUAAAUCAAACAAUGUUAAGUCUUCUCCCUCUGAUUUGAGCACGCAUGACCACUUAGACUCUUUACAAAUCAUGCCACCUCCCACAAUGGCUGAUCAAGCACAGGGGACUGACACAAAUCUUAAAGACAUCUUUAAAACAAUUGAUCCAACAGCUUCACCUUUCUGCUAGUGUUGUUGAUAAUUGGUGGAGUUGCUUUAUCAAAUAUAAGUGUCUAAUUAAUUUUAUAAGUUGACACAAAAAUAUUUUGUAGAGAUCAUGUAAUGUUAUUCCCCAUCUGUUAUUUAAAGUUGCUUCAUUUUGAUGACAAAUUCAAAAAGUUUGGCUGUUACAUUUUGCUAAUUUUUAUUUUAGAAAAAAUAUCUUCAAAGCUUCUGUGAUUAGCUGUUUUUUAUUAUCUUUUUUGUUGAAGAUGCAAGCUGAUCAAAAUUUGUUCAUAAAUAUGAAAAUUUAACAUUUGCUUGGAUCAAUCUGUAGCGAUCGACCAAGCAGAUGUUUACCUGCAUUUACAUAAUUAUUGUGACUGAACAAUCCAAAUCGAGAAACUAUUGCUGUUGAUCAAAAUCUGCAAUGCAUUUACAUUUCAAAUCAGAGUCUUUCCACCUUUGGUUGUUCGUACGUUGUCUUUCAUUAUCAUUUGCCAUUCAUCAAUCAGUGAGUGUCUGAAGAAUUAAUUGCCUUCACUGUCCUCUUGGUGUGUUAAAAGUAGUCACCUUAUGUGUGGCUUCAAAUGUUGUUGGAUGCAAAUUUUUAGUUAGUUACUACUCUACAGGCCACAUUUGUAUUGUAAUGAAAAGUGGUAAGAAUGUUUAUCUUGACAAUAUAUAGGCAGAGUUAAAAGUCUGGGUUAUAUGCAUCCAUAGGUCACCAGGUCAUAUCUAAGGAAAACCUUAUUACCACAUUGAUACCACAUACAUAUGACUCGGUCUUGAUGAAACAUGGGUAGAAUGUUAAUCUUGACAAUAUCAAAGCCACGUUUAAAUAUGGGUGAAGUGUGGUAAAAAAAAUGCUAGGUCUGAACGUUUUAUUGCCAUAAUGAACCUUUUUGUUCUGUUUGUGCUUUGUUUUUAUUUCAUUUUGCAAUUUUGUAUGAUAAUCUAAGAUUUUUAGUGUGUCAGUGGUAAAUAUUUGCCUUGUAUUUUUUCUCUUGGUAAACUAUUUUUCAUAUGUUGAAAGCAAUCCAAUGGCACGAUUCCUGCAUUUGUUUGAAUUUAUAAAUUAUCAGUUGUUAACAGAGCUCCAGAUAAGUAUUUAGUCGAAAGGGUAUGUUACCCCUUCAGGCUUCCUGAAAAGUCCCAAAAAGUGCCUGUGUCCGCACAAAAAUUCACCUGACCGAACAGCGUGAGUUUAUAAUUGAAGAAUUAGUUAAAGUUUAACUCAUAUUUAUUGCAAUAUGCAGCCUGUGUACAAGUACACUCGAUAAAGUAAAACAAAACGUUUGCGUGUUCUUGUGAUUAGAGUGUAUGAUGGACAACAGCCUUAAAUUAUAGUCGGACUCAAAACAAAAUAACAUAACAUGACUACACAUUGAUUAGUCGACUUGCACAGUAUUGGAUCGUUUCCAAAUACAUCAAAAAACAUAUUGAUUGUGACUCGUGACGUCAUAAUGCUGCCAACUUCUGUCAGACUUCCACUACUUUGAAAAGUUCUUUUUACUUGUUUUGCUUCAUAUUCUUUCAAUUUUUUCUCCUCAUCGCUUAGCUUCCUUUUCUGGCUUGUCACGCGCCAUUGAAACUUUAGCAACAACAUUUUUUCAUGUGUAAUUUUUGUUACGUUUGAAUAGGUGGUAAUAUGUCAGACCAAUAAAAUUGAUGUUUUUGAAAAAACAAACAAAGGGAGAGCACUCUUAUAAACUAGUGACGCGUUAGUGUUCUUAAUGACAAAAAGGCUUGAAAUUAAAAAAAGAGGGAUUCUAAUGGGGUGUUUUAGUUCUUUUGGCAAGUAUUAGACUUUUGGAUAUUGAGUCACACUUUCUUUGGCCUGUCACAAGGACUGGCGUUAUUAGAAAUUUCGCCGGACCGUAAAGAAUUUUGCCGGACAAGACCGGUGGUCCGGCCUUUUCAAGAAGCCUGCCCCCUGAUAUUAUUGUUAAAGCAUAUUUUACUCCUUUGUUUCAGCCUAAAAUGAUACUUAUGAAUAUUGAUAUGUAAUUUCUAUUUACACAUAUAACUGAUUUAUUUUAUGCUUUCCGGUGGUUUAUAGAGAAAUAUCAGUGAAAUAAAACUGGUAUUUCACUGUUUGAAACAGUGAAAAAUAACGAUAUUUUUCACUGUUUUACUGUGAAAUGACGUCAUUUUUUUCGACGAAAUGACGUCAUAAAUCCAGCGACAUUAUCCAGUUAAACUCUUUUACAAUGUAUAUAAACGGUGCAAAAAGCAUAAAAUAAAAAGAAAAUUUGUUGGAAUCGAUGGAAUAUCGAUUUUAAUUCACUCGUGAUCAUAAACAAAACAUAUUUUCACUCGUGGCUGUGCCACUCGUGAAAAUAUUAUUGUAUAUGAUCACUCGUGAAAUAAAAUCGAUAUUCCAUCGAAUCCAACAAAUAUCCUCUAUAUAUUACAUGGCUUGUUUAAUCUAGAAAUAUUAUUAUUGGUUAUUUAUAUAAAUAAAUGCAAAGGAAAGAAGUUAAAAUGAUGAUAUGAACAGACUUUCUUUAAAAUACUUCAAUCAAUUAUAAAUACGUGCCAAGAUAUGUAUUGCGUUAUGUUACGCACCUGGCUGAUUUUUAAUGCGUUUCUUAAAUUUUUCAAUGCCUAGAUACGCAUCUUAUCUGGAGCUCUGGUUGUUAAUGAUGUUUGCUUCAACUUUUGUACAACUUAGCUUAUUUUAAUGGUGCACAUUUCGGAUUACCAUGUUUCUUGAUUAGAAUGGCAUGAAUAAAGCGUUAUUUGUAAAACUACUGUCUGGUAUUGAGUUUUAUCAUUUGCAUUGAUCUUUAUUUCUAAAAUAUAAUUAUUUAUAUGUCUGUGUAACUUGUUUUAGGUGAUUUGAACAUAUUAAUUCUUAAAUGAAUUAAGUUCUCAAAAUAUUAUUUAUAUUUAAAUAAUUCUCAUUUAGGCUUGUUCUUAAAACACAUGUAUAAGAAGUAUUGACUCAUCAUUAGGACCUGAUGUUACGAAUUGUCGACUUUUGUUCACAGUAUGUAUCAGGGGUGUCAAUUUUCCGGAUUAUUCCGGAAAUCCGGAUUUGAGCCGUCCAGGGUUGAUUUUGAGGUGAAUGUAAAUUCGUCCAGGGUUGAUUUUGAGGUGAAUGUAAAUUCGAUGAGUUUGUUUAAGGGGGGUGGGUUUAGGGACAAAAUUAUUUUAGUGCGGGAUCAUUUCAGAACGAAUAUUGUUAUAGCAUCGUCGGCAUUUCGGACAUUUGCGCUUGGUACAGAUUUAAUUUAUUGAUAUCUGAUAAGCGGCUGGCACUGACAUGAGCAGUAACAAAGUAAAGCACUGCAAUAUCAUAUUUUAAAACAAUAUGUUAAUCAAAUUUUAUAUUGACUGCGUAUUUGCUAGGUUACUGGUUUUCAUUUUUUGCAGUCAAACGAUAUGCAUAUUUUAUUUCAUUUGCAAAUGAUGUAUCGGGACAUGUUUUCGGACUGUCGUUUUCGGAUACGGUAUGGUUUGUCGAUUUUAAUUUAAUUUUGAAGUUCUUAAUAUCAUUUGUUUAGAAUGACAAAUACACAUGCGGUGUUACGGAUGGGUGGUUUAUAAUAUUUCGCAUUGUACUCACCAGAAAUUGCACCUAGAAAGACUAUAAAAAAAGAACAAUAAGCUAGGGCUCGGGGGGGGGGGGGGGGCCUCUCUUCCCUUUAUCCUAAGGCCUCAGACUCUCGGCUUAAUUUUCCGGAUUUCAAAUUUGGGACAAUUGACACCCCUGAUGUAUGGAACACUCACCAGAUCAACAUGUUGUAAAUUAUCUGUCAUCAUCAUUUUCUCAUCCAAUCAAAGUGCCAAAUACUUGUUUAUUCAAUUCAUAUGGUAAACAAGAUUAUGUUGUUCAUAGGUUUCUAAUCAGGCCCGUUUCUAAUGAUCGUUGACAUUUCUGCUUCAAUGUUUGUAAGUAUACAGUGUAUGCCAUGUAUUAUAGUGUUGUGUAUAUAACUAUUAUGGUAUUCGUGUUUGUUUAAGUCGAAAUCAUUUAUAAAUAAUACCUUUUACUUUCUUCGAUACCUGUAAGCAAAAAUAAACCUUGAACAUUGAUAAUGUGCUGGUACUUUGAACUAGUCAAAUACUAACCAUUUUACUUAACAUAGAAUUUAUCUGGCAUAUGAAUUGUCGUGUCUUCCCUCACACAAGGGGUGCUGGUUCUUUUCUGAAACAAUACUCGUUCGAUGACUCAAGACAUGCUUGUUGCAUUCACUGUCUAGGUGUUAUUGCUAGUUAUCUUUGUGAUACACUUAAGUGCUAUGGUAUAUGUUUUUUAAGUUAACAGGAUCCAAAUUACUUUUCGAUAUUUGAAAAGUGGCAGGAAAUAUACUUUUGAUCUUAAUAAUUUCCUAAGGUUUGCAUUGUACAUAAGUCCUGAUUGGUACAAAAUAUCACUGGUUCCUGGCUUAUCUUUCAGUGAAAUUCUAAAGUCUUACCCCAGCUUUGCUGAUCAAGCUUUCUGGCUUGAACAAUUCUCUUUGUUGUGAUUGUAAAAUAAUUAUUUACAUACUAGUAGUAAAAUUGUAAUAUUGUAUGAUAUUAAAUUAGUUGUGUGUACAGUUAUACUUUUGAAGCAACCCGAUGCAUUUGUCUUACUACUUUACAUGUUUAAAAUGAGCCACUUCUUGUUACCCAUACAAUCUUGUGUGACCAUUUUGUACAAGUGUUCAGUAAAGUCGAAAAAUAAAGAAAAUGAAAUAUA